UGGUUUGACCGCUUGACCUCGUCGUGUCUCUCCAUAGCUGACGUCACGGUCGAAUGCAGAUCUGCUUCCGGCUGAGGAACUUGGGAGUCUACACCGGCAAAUCGGAGCAGUUUCACGGAAAGAUUAGAAGGCAAACCACGUGUUUCCCCCCUAAGUGACAGAAUGGCUAAAUCCCAGGUUUUCUUCGAUAUCUCAAUCGGAAAGUCGCCAGCAGGCAGGAUAGUGAUGGAGCUGCGCGGCGACGUUGUUCCCAAAACUGCAGAAAAUUUCAGAGCCCUUUGUACAGGUGAAAAGGGAUUUGGAUAUAAAGAUAGCAAGUUCCAUAGGGUUAUUCCGAAUUUCAUGUGUCAAGGAGGUGACUUUACCAGGGGAAAUGGAACUGGAGGCAAAAGUAUUUACGGAAACAAAUUUGAGGAUGAAAACUUCAUAUUGAAGCAUACUGGCAAAGGAGUGCUUUCAAUGGCCAACUCCGGCAAGAAUACCAAUGGGUCACAGUUCUUCCUAUGUACAGAAAAAACGGCAUGGUUAGAUGGCAAGCAUGUCGUGUUUGGAAACGUUAUAAGCGGAUUUGAGAUCCUCGAUAAAAUGGAAGCAGUCGGGUCAGAAUCGGGCAAGACUUCUAAAGAUGUGGUAAUCACCAACAGCGGUGAAAUAUAAUAACAGUGGUGAAAAGUGGUGAAAUCACCGACAGUGAACAACAACAGUGGUGAAAUCACAGACAGUGAACAACAACAGUGAUGAAAUCACCGACGGUGAACAACAACAGUGGUGAAAUCACCGACAGUAAACAACAACAGUGAUGAAAUCACCGACAGUGAACAAAAACAGUGUCAGAUGAAAUCACCAACAGUGGCGCACUUGAUUUAUUACAUUAAACAUUUUCCUUCAUCAAAGACAGUAGUAUCACCACUAUACAAGAACCAUUUUCUGAUGGAAUUUCAAAAUGUUAGAUUCAACCUGAUAAAACAAGUUAUAACCGUUUUUUGAAAGUACAACUUAAUGUCACUUCUUUUGUUAAAAAAAUGUUUUCAAUCUUCUGCUCCAAUGAAAUUAUGAAAAUAUUGAAUUUCCAUGCAACUGUUUUGUGUACCUUAUGAUCAGCAGGUAUUUCGAAAAGUUUUUUAAGCACACACCCUUCUUGGAGCUUGGUAAGAUUCUAUAUUCCAUCUUCAUCAACAAGCAGAUCUUGUUAGCAUUGUAAUGGCUUCUACUUGUUUUUCGUUACAUUUCUGUUAAUUUUUCUUGUUUGUAUUUUCUAUAGGUUGUACAAAAGUCCUCUGCUUUAAUUUUGGAUAGUGUUCAGUAAAAUGUGACAUAUAAGUAAAAUCCAAGCAAUGAUCUAUGUUAACUUUUGAAAAAUAUCAUGUCAGCUGUCCUUUGAGGGAAUAUUAAAAAAAACCCACUUAAAA